UUUUCUUUCUUCCUUAAUAAUUUACAGUGGCAAUGGUAGAUAAAUCCGAGUGCUGUCCAAAUACGAUUGAAAAAUGCAAUCAAGUUGAAGAGAUGGCAGCACUGAAUGAGUGUUAUCUAUUUAGAGAAGAUUGCAAUGAUUGCGACGAUUGUAGGGGAAUUGGCGGUUUCACAGGAACAAAAGAAAGCUGUAGCAAAAAGAAUGACCCAUUCAAGUCGCUGUCACUGCUUGAUAAGUACCUUUGGCUGCUGGUGCUCAUAGCGAUGAUAAUUGGGGUCGUUAUAGGUGUGUACGCUAAAGAAGGUGUACAAGAACAUCUUCAGAACUCAGCACAAUGGGAAGGUGUCUCGAUCCCUAUUCUACUUGGUUUGCUGGUCAUGAUUUGGCCUGCAUUAGCCAAGGUCAACUGGGAGAAGUUGAGUGAAUUCUACAAGGAUUUGCGCUUAUGGGUUCACAUUGCCAUGUCUAUAUUUAUCAACUGGGUGUUAUCUCCACUUCUCAUGCUGGGAUUAGCAUGGGCAUGUUUACCUGAAGACUCUAUGGAACGAUACAGAAAGGGCGUAUUGCUUGUUGGUGUCAGUCGCUGUAUUGCGAUGGUUAUUAUCUGGACUACUAUUGCUGAUGGUGACGUCAAUUACUGCGCCUAUCUCAUGGUCAUCAAUUCGCUACUACAAAUAGUUUUGUUCUCUCCAUACUCUUUACUCUUUGUUAAUUUAUUGGGCGGAAACAGCGGUGGACCUGACAUUCAGCUCGAUUAUGAGCAUACUGCACGCUCUGUAGGAAUUUACUUAGGAAUACCACUUGCUGCAGGCAUAGUUACACGAUUUGCUUUACUAAAGUUUACCAAUGCUACUUUCAAAGCCAGAUUCUAUAGCUUCGCUAGCAAGAUCGGUCUAACGGCGUUGCUCUACACUAUAAUUAUACUGUUCGCUGCCCAAGGCCAGAACAUUAUAGACAACAUUGGCCAAGUUUGCAGAACAGUAGUACCACUCAUAGCUUACUUUAUAAUUGUCUGGAAUGCCACAUUUUUGGGUUUCUGGCGCCUCAAUAUGUCUAGAAGAUUUAGUGGAUUGGCAGGAGGAUACGAAAGGGCAGUUACGCAGGCAUUCACAGCUGGAUCAAAUAAUUUUGAACUGGCUAUUGCUGUUGCCACAGCUUCAUUCGGUCCUGAUGCUCCUGAGACUCUAGCUGCUACGCUAGGACCACUUAUUGAGGUACCUGUGUUGCUUCUGCUCAGUUAUCUAGCUCUCUAUCUUCAUCCAAAGCUGUUCAAAAGGGAAGGAGGUGUAAGGAUAGAAAGCGCAUGAAGAUGUGUAACUGAAAAUAUUAACUAUAAUGAAUUGC